UAUCCUUAUUACCGACUUUUUUUCUCUAACCAACGUUUUUCAUUUAUCUGUGACCACUGUUCUUAUAUAUCUUUCAUUUAUCUUCAUUUAGAACUUUCCCUACUAUGCUUUUCUCCUUUUUGGCUUUCAUUCGAUUAUAAUAACAUUUUCAACGAUAAAAAUUAUUUUUCCUUUUUGAAUAUCUCAUUAGUUUUUUUUUUUUCUAUAAAGUGUGACUAUUCUAACUUAUGACUAUAUUAACUUUAUAUUAUAUUCGCACAUAUUAUAAAAGCCACGGCUUUUUCUUUAUUGAGCACUUACAUUUUUAAUGAUAAUUCAGCACAAAUAAUUCUAUAUACAAAAAUAAUAAAUACAUUUGGGGUGAUAUCUAUAUAUCUUAUACCACUGAGAACGGAAAAUUAAUUAUCUAUUUAUCGGCUACUGUUAGCUGUCAAUACGCCACUGCAAUUGCAGUACAUACUAUUUAAAUAAAAUUCACAUGAAAUAGUGGUGAUGGUAAUGGUGCGUGUAAAAUAGUCCUUAAUAUGUUAAUGAUAAUGUGUGUGUUAAAUACAUGUUGGUGAUCGAGUGCGUAGAAUCGUUUGAUUAUGACGUCCGUGUGUUUAGCGUCACGCGAUUUACAAUUUAGUCGUGCGUGAGUGCGUGCGACCAAACUGUAUAUAUAUACAUAUAUUAUAUAUAUAGUACAUAUAAUAUACGGAAAAAAUGAUUUUAAUAAAUAAAUCAUUUUUAAUUUCGUCGUUCAUGGAAUUAAGUGUCGAGACCAUCUAUCGUUACUCAUGUACACAAUUGUAUCAUAAAUCCCUAACACUUGGCCAUCAAUCACGGAAUGGACGUGCUGUUAGUUGGACGAAACCCGGACAAGCUGCGAGCUGUUGCCCGACUGAUAAGAAAAGAAUCAGCCGGCCGGCGGCGGGUAAUGACGGUGGUGGCGGACUUUGCGGAAGAUCCGGUGGCGCGGAACGAGACAGACGACGACGCGGGACAGCGGGGCGAUAACAGCACCAUCCUCCCGGAACUGCAGCCGGACGGUGGCCAGGACGACGACGUGGGCGACCGAUGUUUCUGCAAGAGCGACGGACAACGGCCAGCCCGUCUCCAGUGCCCUCUGUGGUAUCGGAGGCUUAGGGCCGUUGUCGAGGGCCGGUUGCAACCGACCGGAGGCGUGGGUGUACUCGUGAACUGCGCAGGCGCGUGUUAUCCGCAUCCCGAGUUCUUUGCGGGUAUGACAGCCGACAACGACGUUGCAUCCGGAAACGGCGACGGGCCGGUGCAGUUCACGGCCGAUUAUUGCGGUAACGCCGAUGUGGCCGUCCGGUGCAACGUGGCCGGGGCGGUGCACACGUGCCGUCUCGUCCUGCCCGGCAUGUUGGCCCGCGGUCGGGGCCUAGUGAUCAACGUGGGCAGCGCGUCGGCGUCUAUACCGCCGGCCACGCCACUGAUGGCCUUGUACGCCGCCACAAAGAAAUUUCUGGAGAAGCUAUCGUCCGACCUGGACGAUGAGUGCGCGUAUUUGACCAAAGGACGUGACGGCGGAAACGAUGGUUACGGCGUCCGAGUGCAGUGCGUCAGGCCCGCGUACGUAGCCACGGCCAUGUUGCGGUCCGCCAACCCGGACGUUCGCGUGGUAUCCGGUUGCGACGACGGACACGGUGACGAGGAUGACGACGAGGAAGAGUACGACGACGACGACAACUACGGUGACGGAUGCUGGUGGACUUCCAGGAGGAAGCGAUUGGAGGCUCGUGUCCAGCGUUGGCUGGUACCGUCGGCCCGCCGGUGGGUACGGUCCGCGCUCCGGCAAGGAGGGCGAUUAUAUGCCCGUGGCCCGGAUUCGGGACCGGCCAACUACACUGGAUACUGGCCUCACACUCUGUUGGUAUGGUGCGCGGGGUUGGCUAGCGCCGUGACGCCUCGUCGGUGGUUCGUCGACCGAGUGCUGAUCGCGGGAAUGCUCGUGUAUCGUAUUAAGGGGCGAGCGGCCAUUGCGGCGGAAGAUAAAAGGAAACGCACCACAGCGGCAGGGGUGCGGCAGGACAAUGCGAGGACGACAAAUUGACAUAAAUACGUCAUUGUGUAAAACACCGUGAUGCAGUGGUGAGAGUGGCUACACACAAUUACUGGGGUGGAGAUUAACGGAAGUGGCAGCUGCAACGUCUGUGGAUCACGGCACACUGACGUGGCGGUCAAACACAACAACAGUGGCGGGAAACGCAGGCGGUGGAGGAUAAAUAGAUCUCUAAAUUAUUAUUAAACGUACAUUCAGCACUAUAUAGCAAUCGAAAUCCCCAUCACAUCAUUUACCGGCAUAAUACAUUAAUUAGUGAUUACGUUUCUCUUACAGUUCUGGUAGUAUACCUCGGGAUUAGUCAUGGCCUACGGAAUCGGUAAUUUUUUUUUUGUAUUCUUUAGAUUUACAGGUUACGCGAACCCCUUUGAAAUGAUUGUAAUUACAAUAUUAUGUGUCACCCCCCGUUACCAAAAGAUAAAAUUGUCUAGUUACCUAUUUACUUACAGAAAUUGUUAUAGAAUAUCAAGUAUUUUAUUAUUAAGCACAGAUUAAAUAUUAUGCACUUGUUAUACCAUUCUACUAAAAUAUUAUAAUUAU